UAGAAUUGCUCCAGAUUCGAAUUUUUGACCGUUGGGCCCGUUGAGGACAACGUAACCGUUGGGACAAGGGAAAACUUCCAGAGCCGUUGCCUUCUUGACCUUUUCGUCUUCUCCAAUACCUUAAAACCAACAAAGGAAUACUGAGACAAAGAGAGAGAGAGAAAUAACCCCACUCCCUCGUCACCAUCUAUGGGCUGCGUCUCUUCAAAACUCGUAAAGAAAGAAAUCAAACAAGAACAACUCACUGUCACCAAUGGCGGCGGUUACACCAAUCACGUGGUAUCCCUCACUUCAUCCACCUAUGGAGCACUGAUGUUGGACAAGGAGAAGGAGCAGCACCUACCCACAGAUGAAGAUUCCAAAACGGACAAAACAUCUCCUCUCAGGAACCGCGAAGAACCCGAAGUGAUCAACGCUUGGGAACUCAUGGAGGGUCUCGAAGAGGGAGUGCCCAUUUCAAAUCACCCAAGGAAAAGCCCCAAGUCCACACCUUUCCUUCGUGGGUUCCUCUCUACUGACACCAAAACCCCAUUGAAGUUUCUCAACCAAUUUGGGUCACCCAAGAGUCUUAAGAAGUUCACAGGGAAGGAGAACAAGGCUCAGCAAGGUCAAUCCAAUGGCGGUGUAAGACGCUUGGAUUACAAUUUUAGUCCAAAGGGGAUCCUCAAACCCUCUAAUUUUUCUUCUCCCUUAAAAGGGUCUCCGAUACGUCCUCGAAGAAACAGUUUCGGCAGUGAUACGAAGAGGAGGAGUCCUAGCCCUCUGUUUGACCCAGAGCUUCUCGCCUCCUAUGAAAAAGAACUCACCGAAGAGGAAGAACAGAUCAAGAGAAUGGUGUGGGCCACCCCCAAAACCAGAAGAGUCAGAAAAUCUUUGGACUCGCAAACUUUUGUUAACACCUUUGAGGAAAAGUGUCCUCCCAAAGGGGAAAAUUGCGUUGUCAUUUACACCACCACACUGCGAGGGAUCAGAAAGACGUUUGAGGAAUGCAAUAAGGUUAGGUCCAUUGUCGAGUCAUAUUGCGUGCACGUGAUUGAGCGAGACGUGUCAAUGGAUUCGGGGUUCAAGGAGGAGUUGCGGAAGCUGAUGGAGACAAAGCAAGUUAAGGUUCCGGUUGUGUUUGUGAAAGGAAGGUUGGUCGGGGGAGCUGAGGAAGUUGUGAAGUUGGAAGAAGAGGGGAAGUUGGGUGUUCUCUUUGAUGGGAUUCCUCAGAAGACGACGGGUGACUGUGAAGGUUGUGGUGGAGUGAGGUUUGUGAUGUGUGUGGAGUGUAAUGGAAGUUGUAAGGUUUUGGACGACGAAUGCAAGAAGAAUGUGAGGUGUGGUCACUGCAAUGAGAAUGGACUGCUUCAAUGCCCUUUGUGUCGUUAAGGUUGUGUGUUCGUUGGUUUUGGUUUUUGGGAUGAUCUUGAUUUCUAGGAAAAGAGACAGAACAAACAUGGUGUGCAUGUUAGUUGUUAAUUUCAGUUGUCAUAUUUCUAGAAUAGGAGUUCUAAAGAGUGUUUUAGUUCUCCCUUCUUGUUGUGUUUGAUUCUUUUGUUGUUGUAGUCUUUUAUUUUGGGACACUGCUUGUUCCUUCUCUAAUCUCUAAUCUAAUUCUAAUUUACACCUUCUGCUGU